UGUUUUGCGUGGUUGAUAUCUGCGUAUUGAUUAGGAGUGCGAUGACCAGAUAUCAAAAUAUGAGGCAGCACAAGGCGUCACCGCGAGGUUGAGUUUAGGUAAUAGCGGUCGCAUAAAUUCACAGCAAAUUUGACUCCCGACCCUAGUGUAGUCAAACCUUGAUCUUUUCAUCGGAAUUUUCAUUCGCUAGCACCGAUGUGUUGACCAUCAUUGAACAUAGCUAGCAUCAAGUACGACCUAGUACUCGUUGUGACACUGAAUCCAACGUCUUACUAGUGCUACAUGCACUUGACAUGCACGGCUGUCUUCGCCUAGCAGAGAUCCUCGAAGUGAUAUUCCAUUUUGUGUUCAAUUCCCGACCGCUUGACUCGGGCUUAGGCGUCAGUUUGCAAUUCCCAUUGCCUGCACUCACAUCGCCUCCGUACGCUCAAGAUCCACGCUCAAUCCUCCAGCUCGCACUCACCUGCAGUACAUUUCGCGACCUAGCACUCGAUGUCCUUUAUUCUGACCUGAGAGACCCCCUUCCUCUUUUUUGUUAUCUGUCCCCCAAAUUGUGUUACUCACACAGACCUUCUCCAGUGGAUAAUACACCGGAACAGCUUCGCACAUUGGUCCUCCGUGCUGCACGAGUUCACAUCUUCUUCAAUCCCGGUUCCCAAUUGGGCACUGACAGUGCAUGCUACUCAUUCUUCCUCCGAAUCCUCGCAAGCGCUCCCAAAGUCACACCGCUCUUUCCUAAGCUGCACUCGCUCACGUGGUAUGAUUCGGAUCUCACCUCCAUCCCAACACUCAGCCUCUUCCUACCCACCCUCGAGACCCUCUCCCUCUACAUACAAAAUGAGCCAUUUUGCAAGGCCGUAAUUCCUGGCCUCCGUACUGCCGCCCCACGCCUCAAAGCUCUUGAGUUCAGAGGCGUAAAUCUGACUAGGGACAGCACCUCGGAAAUAGAGUCACUGCUGCUCAGUUAUCCUGAGGGUCUCACAGCGUUGUCGUUACUAUGCUGUGAUAUCUCAAGCAGCUUGCUUCAUCACAUCGCCCCGUGGCCACGCCUCCAAUGGCUCACCUUGCAGCUGGACUCCAAUAGCAUCCGUACGGUACCACUCCAUGUGCUUCAGCCCUUUCCGGCACUCACUCACCUACAUAUCUCAUGCAAGAGCCUGGGACUGUGCAAAUCUUUCCUGCGUGCUUUCCAGAUUCUCAGGAUGGGUUCUGAUACGCGUUCCUUUGGAUGUCGCAACCUCAAAACAAUCCAUGUGAACGCAAAAAGAUGUAGCCCAGCCAGCAUCUGGUCCGAAUUCCUCAGCAUUCUCGCCCGCACCGAGUUAGAGCAUAUCAUUCUCAGCGAGGGGUGUUACCGUCAUGCACAGUUGUGCCUCGCACCCACACCCUUUGAAUUUCACCCCCUACUCGUACGCCCCACCACCCUCGCAGACCUAAGAACCCUCAUCAUUUCCCCCGUUUUUACCUCAUCCAUUGCACUCACCGACUCUGACAUCCUCACGCUCGCUCGCACAUGUCCAUACCUCGAAAUCCUUAACCUAGGGGUGUCCAACACCCCCGUGUCCCUCUAUGCCUUAGGCAUCCUUGUGAGCCGCUGCCGUGAGCUGUGCGAUGUCUCACUCUGCGUGGAUGCGCGACUUGAUGCCCUCGGGGCGGCACCUCUAAACGACGACAAUCAAGUGGCUCUGCAACCCAACACACGCCUGCGCAAGCUGUUCAUUGGGUUUUCACCCAUCGCGUGCGUGGGCCCCUUGGACUCUCCGACGGCGCCAGACCUGAUGAGGUCGAUCCCACGGUUCCUGAACACGAUGGCGCCGCGCCUUUUUCGAAUCCUUCAGAUAGAAGCUGAGGAGGGGCUUCAAAAGAUGUAUGAAGAGAGAUGGAACGUGGUGUCGGACACCUUGAAGGCGAUGGCGAAAGGUGAGGUUGAUGAUGGUAACUGAUGGAUGUUUGAGCGGCUCGGCGGCUCGCUGGUGUGUGCGCACGUCCAAAGUCGUGCGCGGCGCAUGUAGGAUGAGAUGAUUAUCAUGUAGUGUUUCAGGCUCAAGGAUCAAUAUGUACGUUGUAUUUUCGGGAUCGGUUACACAUGUACAGUAUACACAUCAUGUCGUGGAUUAGUUCACUCUCCCUUGCACGUACUACUUUCGAAAACCCGUGUCUUCAAGUCACAGUAUAUCGAAGAAUGGUCGUUGAGGGUAGUGUCAAGUACACGGGGAUGAGAGAAUAACAACUUGUAUACUGUACCAAAAGGAUCUUGAAAGAGCCCAACGUUGAUGCUAUCAACAAAUACGCCGAGCAAAAUAUAAUUGCAAUGAAACGGUACCUAUAUGAUAAUGUGCAGCGAACCCCAUAGUU